UCAUCAAAAAUUUCAAAAACUCAACAAUAUCGUAAAGUAAUGAAACCAAUGCUUGAACGUAAACGUCGUGCAAGAAUUAAUAAAUGUUUGGAUCAAUUAAAGGAUUUAAUUAUUGAAUGUAUGAAAGAAGAUGACGAACAUAUUUUAAAAUUAGAAAAAGCUGAUAUACUUGAACAUACUGUGGAAUAUUUACAUAAAAUUAAAGCAAAUGAAAAACAAAAUAAUAUUUUAAAACAAACAAAAACCGAUAAUAAAGAAAAUAUUAAGGAAAGUUUUCGUAAUGGUUACAUUUAUGCAGCAAAUGAAAUAUCAAAAAUUUUGGCAACAACACGUGGUGUCGAUACAAAAUUCGGAAUACAAUUAAUGAGUCAUCUUGGAUAUAAAUUGAAUAGUUUAACAAUUCCGACAACAACACCAACAUCUACUAUCACAGCUAGUGCCACAACAUCUAAUAUAAAUCAAUUAGAAUUAUCGUCAGGACAUCAAAAAUCAUAUUAUUACAAUCAACAAAAACCACAAGAAUCAUAUCGUCAACAGCGAUCAUUUAGUCCAAUAUCAAUAAAUACAUCAGCUUUAAGUCCUGUAUCAUCUGGUUACCAUAGCAAUUUAUCAUCACCAACACUAAGUGAAGAUUCAUUAUCAUCAUCAUCAAAAUUAGUUGAUUACAAUUCACAAUAUAGUUACAACACUACUAAAAAUAACUUUUCAAUGAACACCAAUUACAAUAAUUCUAAUUUUAAUAAUAAUUGUAAUAAAGAAAAUGUUUGGAGACCAUGGUGA